AUGGAUAUCGCCUACGACCACAUCCAGGAGGAGAUCCUCACCUCCAGGGAGGACACUUCCUCUGAUCCCAACAAUACUCAUCCAUCCAACGUCGACCUCAACACAGAAUUCCAAGAAACCUUCCGCGCCUUCUCCGCCAGUCCGUGGGGCACCCGGAUCGGAGGCCUUUGGGAUAAUGUGCGCAAGCAGGGAGAAACCUACUACGAGGGCGCUCGUCAGGAAUACGCCGCCGCUAGCGAGGAAGCAGUGAAGGGGUUCUCGGAUCUGCGGGACAGCAUCGUCGAUCGGACAAAGGGGCUCUCUCUCAGCACCGCAGGUCUGACCGGCAGCGGCGAAGGGCAGAAAGACGAGGCGGCUACACCUACAGCUUCGACGGAAGAGAGCUCCAAGGGCCCGGCGGAGGCUGGUUGGAGCGGAGAGGGCUUCAUUUCUCGGUUCAAGGCCGAGGCUGCCCGACGACUGAAGGAGAUCGAGAAGGCGGAGGAAGCGGCGGACGAGGCGAUUAUGCGAUUCGGACAGAACAUCGGCCAGAAGCUGCGCGAAGCUGUGAGCAUUGUACCUCCGGAGACGGACGAGUCCGGCAAGCUUCUAUUCGAGAGCAAGGAUGCAGAUGGCAAGCGCGUCAUCCACGCGACUCGGUUCGAGGCCCAACUACACGUUAUCCACUCAAAUCUCGACAGCUUCACCAAUGACCCCAUCAGCGACAAAUUCCCGGAGUUUAAGACGGAGUUCAAUGUCGAGAGCAAGACAGACCAGAUCGCUUCCGAUCUCGAAAAGUACCCCGAGUUGCGGUUGGCCAUGGAGAAGGUCGUCCCUGAGACCGUGGAGUAUGUUGAAUUCUGGACUCGGUACUACUUCCUCCGCUUGGUUAUUGAGACCGAAGAGAAGAAGCGCAAGGAGCUCUUGAAAGGUGCCAACGCCGAAGAUGAGGAAGAGGUCGGCUGGGAUGAUGACUCUGACUCCGAAUCCGAGUCCCCCUCUACCCCACAGGUCCGCCACGACAGCCAGAAACUCGCCGCCGGAAAGGAUACUCAGAAGACUGAGCCCCGCCGAUCCAAUGACCAGCAGUCCCAGGCCGACAGCGAAUCAAGCUACGACGUUGUGAGCGGUGCCGCCAGCCGAACGCCUGGCAGUCCCAAGGAGAAGAGUCCGACCACCGAAUCCAAGGCAGAGGACAGUGACGAGGACUGGGAGUAA